GCCCGGCCGCGGCCGUCAUGGAGGCAGAGGCCGACGUGCUGUCCGCGCGACCGGCCCUGGAGACCGAGGGGCUGCGUUUCCUGCACGUCACGGGUGAGUCGCCGCGGGCCGCUGCCCAGCGCGCCGCCAUGAUCGUGGGCUCCUUAUUGGCGAGCUAUGGCUGGUACAUCCUCUUCAGCGGCAUCCUCCUCUACGUGGUCUUCCAGAAGCUCUCCGCCCGCCUCGGGGCCUGGAGGCAGCGGCAGCAGGAGCGCGCCCAGGCCGCCCUAGAGCCUGAUGUGGUCGUGAAACGACAGGAGGCUUUAGCAGCUGCUCGUUUGAAAAUGCAGGAAGAGCUAAACGCGCAAGUGGAAAAACAUAAGGAAAAACUAAGACAGCUGGAAGAAGAGAAGAGGAGACAGAAGAUUGAGAUGUGGGACAGCAUGCAAGAAGGCAAGAGUUACCAAGGCCGAGCGAGGAGGCCCCAGCCGGAAGAAGAUGGUCCUGGACCCUCUACAUCGUCUGCCAUUCCAAAACGGAAGUCUGACCGAAAGCCUCUGCGGGGCGGGGGUAAGCGCCCGGUUAUAACCCUCUGACUGGUGAAGGAGGCGGAACCUGCUCCUGGAGACCUGGACGCAGGGGUGGCCCAUCAUCCGGUGGAUGAGGCUAAGAAUCUUGCUAGUGUCACUUUGGACAUUAGCAAAGAGAGUCUUUAACCCUCCAUUCAAUUGCCUUAUACACACUUUUCACAGUGACUGGCCAAGGGGAGGUGGGAAUUCUCUCUGUUCUUCAUCCUACCUGUGUCUCGAAGGGCUUCGGUCAUAGGGCAUGGGCAUUAGCACUAGGCUUUGUCACACUCCACUCAGAGAUGGUGGUUACACUCCUGGAUCAGGGUUAGCUCUGGCUGGUAGGUUAAGCUCUCCAGCCGCAGAGCAGUGUUGAUGAAGGAAGCCUAGUAAUGAUCCGUUACAGUACAGGUCCUGGCCGGUAGGAGUCGCUGUGGCAGGGUGUGUGGAAUGAUGUCUUCCUUAUAAAUGGUGAGCCCACCAGUGAGGAUUACUGAUGCAGACAGUUGAUGGGGUUUAUUUCUGUAUAUUUAUUUUUGUGUAUAGAACUUUGUUUAAAAAAAACUAUAAAUAUUUAAAAAAAAAGUGAAUAAAACAUUUCUAGCAGCCUUGUUAAUUCUGUUUGUAGACCUAAAUCUGUCAAAGAUUAAAUAGCUUUUUCUUUCUCAGUC